GAUGUUAGGUGCUUCAGAGAUCCGACUGGACACACUGACCGUCCUGGGAAGUGCUGAAACCUCCACCGUGGGUGUUCAAGGAUUUGUGCUUGCGCUGGUGAAGUCGGUCACAGAGAAGAUGCAACCCUGUUGUAAGGCUCCUGACAUCCCCACUCCAGUGCUCAGCCUCUCCAUGCUCUCCAUCACCUAUCACAGCAGCAUCCGCUCUCUAGAGGUUCAGUGUGGUGCAGGGAUGACCUUACUCUGGAGCCCUCCAGAUCACAUGUACCUGUACCAACAUAUCCUGGCCACCCUGCAGUGCCGAGACCUACUAAGAGCCACUCUGUUUCCUGAGACUGUUCCACUUGUUGCACUAGAGACUCCAGAGACUGCCUGUGAGCCAGAAGGCUGUCCCCCUGAGUCCUCUCCCCCAAAGCGGCUGCUAAACCUGACGCUAGAGGUGAGCACAGCUAAGCUGACAGCUUUUGUAGCUGAGGACAGGUUCAUUACCCUGGCUGCAGAGAGUGUGUCUCUGAGCCGGCACGGGGGUUCACUGCAGGCUUACUGCCCAGAGCUGGCUGCUGGGUUCGAUGGCAAUAGCAUCUUCAACUUCAAGGAGGUGGAGGUGCAGCUGCUGCCUGAGCUGGAGGAGAUGAUCCUCCACCGGAACCCCUUCCCUGUGCUGCAGACCCUCCGGAACCGUGUUUGGCUCCUCUCCCUGGGUUCAGUCUCAGUGGAGUUUCCUUAUCAGUAUGAUUUUUCUCGAACUCUGGAUGAGGCUGUGGGAGUUCAGAAAUGGCUGAAGGGACUGCAUGGAGGAACUCGUUCUCAGGCUUCUCCAAGCUCUGCCCACCUCCCACCUGAUCUACUCUUGAAGGUUCAGCACUUCUCAUGGGUUUUCCUGGACGACAUUUUUGAGGUGAAACUUCGUGAUAACUAUGAACUGAUGAAGGAUGAAAGUAAGGAGAGUGCCAAAAGGCUGCAGUUGCUGGAUGCCAAAGUGGCUGCUCUUCGGAAGCAGCAUGGGGAGUUAUUGCCUGCCCGCAAAAUUGAGGAGCUCUAUGCCUCUUUGGAACAUAAAAACAUCGAAAUCUACAUCCAGCGCUCCCGUCGUCUCUAUGGCAACACACCCAUGCGCCGUGCACUGCUCACUUGGAGCCUGGCAGGGCUAGAGCUAGUGGCUCUGGCAGAUGCCUCCUUCCAUGGGCCUGAGCGUGUGGUAGAGCAGGUUCGAGAGCUUGAUCCAGGCAGCCCUUUUCCUGCUGAGGGAGUAGAUCUUGUCAUUCAGUGGUGUCGUAUGCUCAAGUGCACUGUCAAGACAUUUCUGGUUCGGAUAAGAGACUAUCCCCGGUACUUGUUUGAGAUCCGUGACUGGCGGCUGAUGGGUCGACUUGUGGGCACCGAGCAGAGUGGUCAGCCUUGCUCGCGUCGGCGUCAAAUCCUGCACUUGGGGCUUCCAUGGGGUAACGUGGCAGUGGAGAGGAACAUGCCCCCACUCAAGUUCUAUCACGACUUUCACUCGGAAAUCUUCCAGUACACAGUGGUAUGGGGCCCGUGUUGGGAUCCAGCCUGGACACUGAUUGGCCAGUCUGUGGACCUCUUGACCAAGCCCUCAGCUGACCCCAGCCCAUCCUUGCCCUGGUGGGACAAGAGCCGUCUUCUGUUGCAUGGGGACUGGCACAUGGACAUUGAACAGGCAAACCUGCACCAGCUGGCUACUGAGGAUCCAUACAACACAACUGAAAAUAUGCACUGGGAGUGGAACCACCUGUCUUUUCAUUGGAAACCUGGUCAGUUUGUGUUCAAGGGUGACUUGGAUGUCAACGUGAGAACAGCCUCUAAGUAUGAUGACUGCUGCUUCCUUCACCUGCCUGACCUCUGCAUGACACUGGACCUGCAGUGGCUAUGUCAUGGGAACCCCCAUGAUCACCAUGGUGUCACUCUACGGGCCCCAGAGUUCCUGCCUGAGGUGCCCUUGGGCCAGCUUCAUGACUCCUACCGGGCCUUUCGCUCUGAGAACCUCAAUCUCUCCAUCAAGAUGGAUCUGACUCGGCACAGUGGAACAAUAUCCCAGCCCCGAAUUCUGCUGUAUAGUAGCACCCUGCGCUGGAUGCAGAACUUCUGGGCAACUUGGACUAGUGUCACAAGGCCUAUUUGUAGGGGAAAGCUCUUCAAUAACCUGAAACCCAGCAAGAAGAAACUCGGCCAGCACUACAAGCAGCUUUCCUAUACUGCACUCUUUCCCCAGCUGCAGGUGCAUUAUUGGGCCUCAUUCGCCCAGCAACGUGGCAUCCAAAUUGAGUGCAGUCAGGGCCACGUUUUCACUCGGGGAACUCAGCGGCUUAUACCUCAAGCGGGCACGGUGAUGCGGCGCCUCAUCUCUGACUGGAGUGUGACCCAGAUGGUUAGUGACUUAAGUCAGGUGACUGUUUACCUGAUGGCCUCGCCCACUGAAGAGAAUGCUGACCACUGCCUUGAUCCCUUGGUAACAAAGACCCACCUACUGAGCCUGUCCUCCCUUACCUACCAACGGCACAGCAAUCGCACGGCUGAGGAGGAGCUCUCUACUCGAGUUGGGGAUCCUGCCUUUCACACACAUCAGCUGCACUUGGUAGAUUUACGGGCUUCUUGGACAACCACCAAUCGGGACAUUGCCUUUGGUUUAUAUGAUGGCUACAAAAAGGCAGCUGUACUCAAACGUAAUCUCUCUACUGAGGCUCUGAAGGGGUUAAAGAUUGAUCCCCAGAUGCCAGCCAAAAAGCCAAAGCAGAGUGUCCCGACCAGCGCCCCAGCCCCACCUCCUGUCAACACUCCCAGCUUUAGUGGACAGCCUGAUAAGGCGUCUUCAGGAGGUGCCUACAUGUUGCAGAAGCUGAUUGAAGAGACAGAUAGGUUUGUAGUGUUCACAGAAGAGGAGUCAGGUGUGAGUGACCAGUUGUGUGGCAUUGCUGCCUGCCAGACGGAUGACAUAUAUAACCGAAACUGCCUUAUUGAACUGGUCAACUGCCAGAUGGUUCUUCGUGGAGCGGAGACAGAAGGCUGUGUCAUUGUGUCAGCUGCCAAAGCCCAGCUGCUGCAGUGCCAACACCAUCCAGCCUGGUAUGGUGACACAUUGAAGCAAAAGACAUCCUGGACUUGCCUACUGGAUGGCAUGCAGUACUUUGCCACCACUGAAAGCAGCCCCACUGAGCAGGAUGGCCGACAGCUCUGGUUAGAGGUAAAGAAUAUUGAGGAGCACCGGCAGCGUAGUCUGGACUCUGUGCAGGAGCUGAUGGAGAGCGGGCAGGCAGUGGGAGGCAUGGUUACCACUACCACAGAUUGGAACCAGCCAGCUGAGGCGCAACAAGCCCAGCAAGUCCAGCGGAUCAUUUCACGUUGCAGCUGCCGAAUGUACUAUAUUAGUUACAGCCAUGACAUUGAUCCUGAGCUGGCAACUCAGAUUAAGCCACCUGAGGUUCAUGAGAACCAGGAAAAGGAAGAUCUCCUAAAGAAGCAGGAAGGGGCUGUGGAUACCUUCACCCUCAUCCAUCAUGAGCUGGAAAUCUCCACAAACCCGGCUCAGUAUGCCAUGAUCCUGGAUAUUGUCAACAACCUGCUGCUCCAUGUAGAACCCAAGCGGAAGGAGCAUAGUGAGAAGAAGCAGCGGGUCAGGUUCCAGCUUGAGAUCUCUAGCAAUCCUGAGGAGCAGCGCAGCAGCAUAUUACAUCUACAGGAGGCUGUGCGGCAGCAUGUGGCCCAGAUACGGCAGCUGGAAAAGCAGAUGUAUUCUAUCAUGAAGUCUUUGCAGGAUGACAGCAAGAACGAGAACCUGCUUGACCUGAACCAAAAGCUUCAGUUGCAGCUAAACCAGGAGAAGGCCAAUCUACAGCUGGAAAGUGAAGAGCUUAACAUCCUCAUCAGGUGUUUUAAGGAUUUCCAAUUGCAGCAGGCCAACAAGAUGGAGCUGCGAAAGCAGCAAGAAGAUGUGAGUGUGGUCCGCCGCACCGAGUUCUACUUUGCUCAGGCACGAUGGCGCUUGACAGAGGAAGAUGGACAGCUGGGAAUUGCUGAACUAGAGCUGCAGCGGUUCCUCUACAGCAAGGUGAAUAAAUCUGAUGACACAGCAGAACAUCUUCUGGAGUUGGGCUGGUUCACUAUGAACAACCUCCUCCCCAAUGCUGUCUAUAAGGUAGUCCUGCGGCCCCAGAGCUCCUGCCAGUCUGGGCGACAGCUAGCUCUUCGCCUCUUCAGCAAAGUCCGGCCCCCCGUUGGGGGUAUUUCUGUUAAGGAGCACUUUGAGGUAAAUGUGGUGCCUCUCACCAUCCAGCUGACACACCAGUUCUUCCAUAGAAUAAUGGGCUUUUUCUUUCCUGGACGAAGUGUGGAAGAUGACGAGGUUGGUGAUGAAGAAGAUAAGUCCAAACUGGUGACUACUGGAAUACCAGUGGUGAAGCCUCGGCAACUGAUUGCAACAGAUGAUGCAGCACCACUGGGCCCUGGGAAGGGUGUGGCACAGGGCUUGAAUCGGAGUUCUGGGGUCAGAAGGUCAUUUCGCAAAGCACCUGAGCACCCUGUAGAUGAUAUUGACAAGAUGAAAGAGCGAGCUGCCAUGAACAACUCCUUCAUCUACAUAAAGAUCCCACAGGUUCCACUGUGCGUCAGCUACAAGGGUGAGAAGAACAGUGUGGACUGGGGCGACCUUAACCUGGUGCUGCCCUGUCUGGAGUACCACAACAACACAUGGACAUGGCUAGACUUUGCCAUGGCUGUCAAGAGGGACAGCCGCAAAGCCCUGGUUGCCCAGGUAAUCAAAGAGAAGCUAAGGCUGAAGCCUGCAGCAGGGUCUGAAGUCCGGGGAAAGCUAGAAACUAAAUCGGACCUCAACGUGCAACAGCAGGAAGAGGAGGAGAAAGCCCGGCUGCUCAUCGGUUUAAGUGUGGGCAACAAGAAUCCUGGGAAGAAGUCCAUCUUUGGCAGGCGCAAGUGAUACAGCAAUUCAAGAGAGGCUGCAGUACAGGAUCUGACUCUGGCUCAGGCCACAGGGACUUGUGGGGUGGGAGGUGCUUCCCUUCAUCCAUUUGGAUUUGUGGGGGUCAGGAGCCCACAGGGUACUGUGGAUAGAGGCACUGCUCUUUAGCAGCUGGCCUGUUCCUUGCAGAACAUGGUGGAUAAUAAUUCUGAGUUCUACCUCACACUGAUCAGCAGGCCCAGGGCCAGAGAGGCAUCAAGAGAGCAAGGCCCAGGGAAUGGCCCCAGGGCUAGUAUCUGGUUCCCUUGGGGUCAAUGAAAGGGUGGGGGGACAGUUCUGAUCAAGUGUGAUAAAUUUUUAUAGACAUAUAUAAAAAUAUAUAUAUAUUUCUAAGUGUAACUGCUCUCCCUCUGUGCCAGAAAGUGGAGGGGAGGGGCUGAUCUUCUGUCCCUCAUUCCACUGCCUUGUAUGAAAGAGGUAUUAGUGUUGUGGGGGGAAUCAGCCUCUCCCCAGUCUGUGCCAAGCUCACUUUGGAGAAUGGCAGUAGGAGACACAGCUGGCUAUGGGUCCCUCUCCCUGGGGUAUCCCCUGAAGAAUGGUUAAAAAAAAAAAAUCAUUUAAAGAGAAAAAAUAUAUUUUAAAUUUGAUGCUGGUUUUUUUUUUUUAAUUGAGUGCAUGCUUUCAGCCUGUAUCCUUUUCUCCCCAUCAGUCCAAACCACCUAGCUGCCACCCUAAUGAGGGUGGCUUCUUCCCUCCUGCUUGAAGCUGUGUCACAGAUACUUCCCAGCUCUGAUGUGACAUUGGUCCCAUGCUGAUAGAUCUCUGCACAUUUUAGUCCUGGCUAUAAGCCAUUCUAUU